CGACUUUUUCAUCACUUUCUCGCCCUCUCCUCCCUCUCUCUGAAAUCUGGUCACCGGCUCCAAUCUCCGGCCAUCUUCCCGGCGAACCCGCCGGACUCCGGCCAUCUCCGAUCUCUCAAAAUUUUAUUUUCUGUUUGACCAUUUUACCCUUGACCUUUUUAUUUCCGUUUUGCCGAUUUUGCCCUCCUGCUGACGUGGCGAAAACACCGCGAUGUAUAGCCAUAGCCACGCGACGAAGAAGCGCAAGGAGCGAGACGGCGGCCUCGACGCGCCGAUAGAGCCGAGCUUUGUGGCGGCUGCGCCGGCUGGCAACCGGCUCCUAGCUGGAUACCUGGCCCACGAGUUUCUCACAAGCGGAACUCUGUUCGGACAGAUGUGGGACCCGGCACGGUCCGUUCAACCGGUUCGCAAGCCUGAACCGGUCAUGGCUUAUGCGGAUGUGGCGGUUCUCCUUAAGGGUAAUGGGGCCCACAUACCCGGGGUCGUCAAUCCCACCCAACUUGCUCGAUGGCUGCAGAGUUGAGGGAGCUUAUCCUGCUCCGGACGGACAUCGUAACGGAGGUAAGGGAAACGUGGCACCGUGUCAUUAGUCGGUAUUGUUCCGUUCUCUGCGUGAGUGAGGUGGUAAGCGCAUGAAGUAGUUGUGAAGAAGAAAGAUUACGAGAGGAAAAUAACUAUGAAUUUUACUUUUAUAUUUUCUGUAUUUCCUUUGUUAAGCUUUCAAACGAAUUUGUUCGUCUAUAUUGGUUUAUUUUCUUCUU